AUGAUACCUUGGGACGGAUGUAAAGCGAAGCAAAUUGCUUCGGCUCCACGAACAGAGGACUGUGUCGGUUGUAAGAGAUGUGAGUCCGCCUGCCCGACGGAUUUCUUGAGUGUUCGAGUUUAUUUAUGGCAUGAAACAACCCGAAGCAUGGGUCUAGCUUAUUAA